AUUUUGUUGAUUGAUAGCUUAUGUCGAAAAAUUAAAUAUUUUAAAAAGUUGUUAUGAUUAGUACAAUUAGUACUAAAUAUACUAAAUAAUAAAAAUGGCAGAUUUAAUAGACGACCUUUUCGAUUGUUUCGAAGACGAAACCCCUUCCAAGGAAACGAUAAAGACUUCGGAAACAUUUAAAAGAAAAAGUGACCAACACGAUGAUGAAGAGGAGGAGCGGACUCCAGCGCCGAAACGAGUUAAAAAUGAAGAUAUCGUGAUUGACAUAAAUUUUGAAGAAUUGAAAAAUAGAAUAGUGGUUCACACUAUACAUACAGUCGAUUCUUGUACCCAUGAAGUAGCUUGUCCUCCUGGCUAUGACUAUAUUCCCCUACAGCCUGCCAGAGGGGAGCCAGUCAAACAGUAUCCCUUCAAGCUUGAUCCCUUUCAGAAGGAAUCUAUUUUGUGUGUGGAAAAUAAUCAGUCAGUUUUGGUUUCAGCUCAUACUUCUGCGGGAAAAACUGUGAUCGCUGAGUAUGCCAUAGCAACAAGUUUAAAGAACAAGCAGAGAGUAAUAUACACGACACCCAUUAAAGCGUUGUCAAAUCAAAAGUACAGAGAAUUUUUUGAUGAGUUCAAAGAUGUGGGAUUGGUCACAGGUGACGUCACGAUAAACCCUAGCGCUUCAUGUCUAAUUAUGACAACUGAAAUUUUACGUAACAUGUUAUAUAGAGGGUCAGAAAUCAUGAGGGAAGUGGGUUGGGUGAUAUUCGAUGAAAUACACUACAUGCGUGACAAAGAAAGAGGUGUCGUAUGGGAAGAAACUUUAAUUUUAUUACCACAUAAUGUUCAUUUUGUCUUUUUGUCAGCAACAAUUCCGAACGCUAGACAAUUCAUCGAAUGGGUAUCCCAUUUACAUCAGCAACCCUGCCACGUCGUGUAUACUGAUUACAGACCCACUCCUCUACAACAUUUUAUAUAUCCAGCUGGAGGAAACGGAAUCCACAUGGUGGUAGAUGAGACUGGCACAUUUAAAGAUGACAGCUACAACGCCGCCAUGGCGGUACUUCAAAACUCGGGUGAUGCCGCCAAAGGUGAUCAGAAAGGAAAGAAAGGGGGGUUUGCCAACAAAGACCCAACUCAAACUGAUAUUUUUAAAGUGGUUAAGAUGAUUAUGGAACGCAAUUUUGCACCAGUUAUUGUGUUCAGUUUCAGCAAAAAGGACUGUGAGCUAUACGCUAUGCAGAUGACCAAGCUAGAUUUUAACACAACUGCAGAAAAACAACUCGUCGAUGAAGUCUUCAACAACGCCAUGGAUGUACUAUCAGACGACGAUAAGCAACUACCACAAGUAGAGAACCUCCUACCGUUAUUAAGAAGAGGAAUAGGCAUCCACCACGGUGGUUUGCUCCCGAUUUUGAAGGAAACUAUCGAGAUUUUAUUCGGCGAGGGGCUCAUAAAAGCGCUUUUUGCUACAGAAACGUUUGCUAUGGGGUUAAAUAUGCCUGCAAGAACUGUGUUGUUUACUGGGAUGAGGAAAUUUGAUGGCAGUGAGUACAGAUGGAUUACUUCUGGAGAAUACAUCCAAAUGUCUGGAAGAGCAGGAAGAAGAGGCCUGGACGAUAAAGGUAUCGUAAUCUUGAUGGUGGACGAGAAAGUGCCUCCGGCAGCCGGUAGAAACAUAGUUAAAGGUUUACCGGACCCUAUCAACUCCGCGUUCCAUUUGACUUACAAUAUGGUACUGAACUUAUUAAGAGUCGAAGAAAUCAAUCCCGAGUAUAUGUUGGAGCGGUCGUUCUUUCAGUUUCAAAAUCAAGCUGCAAUUCCUGGAUAUUAUGAUGAUUACAACGAAAAAUUAGAAUUUUUCAAUUCGCUGGAAGUUAAAGACGAAGAGCGAAUACAAUCUUAUCACGUAAUUAGAACAGAGUUAGAUCUGUUGGGUGUCAAGUUUAGGACGUAUCUCACAAGUUCGCAAUAUUUGUUGCCGUUUCUUCAACCUGGUAGACUUUUAAAGAUAAAAUCAACUGAAGACGAAUACGAUUGGGGCGCCGUCGUUAACUUUAAAAAAGUCCAAGAGAUUAUUCCAGGACGCAAAAAUAAGCAAGGACAAAGCAAAACCCAGACUAAAGUCAAAGUGGAUAUUUUGUUACAUGUAUUACCAGAAAAUAGCGAUGAAACAAUGAUACCGAAACCUUGUUUAGAAGACCAGAAAGGUGAAAUCGAGGUAGUAACUGUAGAUUCGACGUUGAUAACUCAUUUAUCGUCUGUGCGACUGUUCUGUCCCAACGAUCUAAGGUCGAAAGAUAGUCGAAAAGGAAUGUACAAAGCUAUUAAGGAAGUAAAGAAACGGUUUCCCGAAGGACCGCCACUACUCAAUCCCGUGACGGAUAUGAAGAUUAAAGAGCCCGAAUUUUUAUCUAUCGUAGAGAAAAUCGAGAUUUUAGAACAGAAAAUGUAUAGUCACCCCUUGCACAAAACAGACAUUUUAUCUACCGAAUACCCCAAGUUUGAAAAGAAAAUUAUCGCUCAAACGGAUUUGGAACUGGCGAGAUCGAAACUAAUGGAAGCCAAGUCCGUAUUGCAAUUGGACGAGUUGAAAUCUAGAAAAAGGGUGUUGAGAAGGUUGGAGUAUUGUUCCAGUACUGAUGUUAUUCAGUUAAAGGGCAGAGUAGCUUGUGAAUUAAGCAGUGCCGACGAAUUAUUGAUUACUGAACUCAUAUUUAAUGGUGUUUUUAAUCCUCUAACUCCGGCACAAAGUUGCUCGUUGCUGAGCUGUUUUGUGUGCGACGAAAAAAGUCAAGAAACUCCAAAACUGUCGGAAGAACUGUCAGGACCUUUGAGGGUUAUGCAAGACCUGGCAAGGAGGAUAGCUAAAGUUAGCAACGAAUCCAAACUCCCCCUCGACGAAGACUCGUACGUCGAGCGAUACAAGCCGUUCCUUAUGGACGUAUGCUACAAUUGGUGCACCGGUAGCAGCUUCAAGACUAUCUGCGAACAAACGGACAUCUUCGAAGGUUCGAUAGUCCGGUGCAUGCGUAGACUCGAAGAACUCCUGAGGCAGAUGGUGCAAGCCUCGAAAACUAUAGGUAAUUCGGAACUGGAAGACAAAUUUAAUGCAGCCAUAAAACUUAUAAAAAGAGAUAUAGUGUUUUCGUCUAGUUUGUACUUAUAAAAUUAAUUUUUUUAAUAAAAAUAUUGUAAGUAACUUUU